GUGUUUAAUUCUCUUUCAGAUUCAUCCCACCAUUUAAAACCUGGAGGCACUGGCCCACACAAAGCCUUGCUGAUUUCAGGAAAGAAGAGUCAUCAAAGAUGUCCAGCAAGACGGCGAGCACCAACAGCAUAGCCCAAGCUAGGAGAACUGUGCAGCAGCUGAGAUUGGAAGCCUCCAUCGAAAGAAUAAAGGUCUCCAAAGCGUCUGCAGACCUGAUGUCAUACUGUGAGGAGCAUGCCCGGAGCGACCCUCUGCUGAUGGGCAUACCGACCUCAGAAAACCCAUUCAAGGAUAAGAAGACCUGCAUCAUCUUAUAGUGGACCAGGAAGCACCCUUGCCUCUCAACGCAAACCACAGCAGCAACCUGAAGAGAUUCCUGCAGCUUACCUGGUAACCACAGCUAGUAACUAAAACACCCUUCUCUUGGAAUAACAGACCCUCAAGUCUCUCUCUUUCAAGUUGUCCUUUCUUCGCCCUUUACUGAUUUAAUACAGAAUAACAAUCUUAUUUUCUAUUUGGAAAUAUGGUAUCAUAUUGGGUUACUACUGUAUAAGGAAAGUGGCAGGGGAGUUGUGGGAAGCUUGUCUUUACAAUAUACUAUUGAUUAACAUAUGUCAAGACCUACAUUGUCUAAGCACCGGCAAAUUAAAAUGUCAAGAAUCGCUUCAGUCCAGAACCUUUAUAUUAUGUUCUUAAUAAGGUUUGUGCCAACCUACAUCCCAUGCCAGGGGUCUGGGGAGGUGGCAUGUGUCUACAGCCAUAUCUUUUUGCACUAUCGGCACUAACCGCCCUGAAACUUCCUGCUGCAGCAUCAGCCCUUCAGAGUUACAGCGUUAUCCUGACUCUGUGUAGGUGAAUAACAGAGUCUUUCUGUGUAAUUUUUGUACAAAAGAAGGUAAUAUAAUCUGCAUUAUAACGAGCUGAUGCUGUUCUCGCUCCUCUCUUGGAAUUGUGCUGGCCCCUUAGUCUACAAUAAACUGUGCCAGUUUAAAAACCUAAGGCUAAAACUGAAAGCCCUUUGAUGGGGUCUUCAUUCAUAUCAGUCAUUUGGGCUUCUGUGAUCCUGAGGCUAAGAAAAGGGAAGAUACUCUCGGGAGGACCGUGGGCAGCUACACUCCAGGGCUCUUGAUCUCUGCUGGAUUGGGGGUGGCCACCUCAGAAACUUCCACUCUCAUGACUGGCAUGGAAGAAUGAACUGAGAGCCUCAUGUGGAGAGGGGAGCAGAAAUCCAUGAAAACAGCUGCUCUCCUGGGCCCAGCUUUACAGGCAACCCUUUCUCCUCACCAGCAUGAUAGAUAGAGCAUCUCUCCUUUGCUGCUAAGGCAGCUGUUUUCAGGGGGACAGUCCCUCCUUCCCAGUUAACUGGGUGAACCCCAGUGGGGGAAAAACACUCAAGCAAUAUACAGACGCUUGAACUCUUUGCAGAUGUCUGCAGUUCCAACACUACCGUGUUCUCAAACCACUCUAGGAGAAAGGCCCUUCCAAACGGGGGCUUGCAUUCUGUACAACAGUUCAAACAUCUAGCAGUUGGGUGUUGAUGUCCUCAAUUUUACUCUGAUCAUGAAAAUAGCCCACAUACCCUCACGGUCUCUAGUAGGGAUCCCAGAGGCACAUAACCUGCCACGACCAAGGAGGUAUUCUGACUUUGUCACAGUGAAUAUUUAAAAUAAUCAAUUAGAAGCCCAAACCAAACCCAAAGCCUGUGAUAUUUUAGUUCAUUAAGGUAACUACUAAUGAAGGAUUUUAAAAAGUGUUCUCAAAAAGGACUUGCCCCAGGAGUUGUUAUAAAAUUUCCCCCACUUGUGUACAGUGUGCACUAAAAGAAAAUGUCUUUCACUAUCUAGUGCCUGGGCUUUGAGCAUCAUGCAGUACUAUUCCUAAGUGACUCAGAGGAAUCAGACUUUCCCCAAGUUACCCAUCUGCUCAGCACUCGGAACUGAGCAUGUGAAAGCCAUAGCACUGCCCACAACCUGUUCUCACUGCUUCGCUCCCAGCUGGCUUAAAGGCACCUGUUCAGGAGAGAGAGGGAGGGAGAGCUUUCACCUUGGAAAAGGUAAAAACGGCAAUGUACACCAAAAAGACAACUUUGACAUUUAAUGGAACAUUCUUUUUUUACAAGUAUAUUUUUCUACUGAUAGUUUCAGAACACUAAUCUUAUAUUCACUCUAAUCUUAAACAUGUUUCUUUAAAUAUUUAUAAGGCAGUUUAUUACAGAAUAUUUUUAUGCAAUCAUGUGCACAUUAUUGGUAGCAAACAUAGUAUAUUCUUUAGUACUUAAACAUGUUUUUUUAAUAUGCUUUUAAUGGUAAGAAAUGAACUUGAGGUCCCGGGAGAUUUUGUUGCCUUUUCAUUGAUUAGAGACAAUAAAUACCUUGUAACUUCCUAACCAGAUCUGAGCUGUGCUCACAAUAGUAGUAAAGUCAGAUCCUUUGAUGCUGGACCCAGGAGGGAACUCAUUAGCCAACUGUUGAUCACUUAGAACUAGAUGUCUGCGUGAGAAAGUAUAUGUAUACAUAUAUAUGACACGCAGGAGUCACUUUUAUAUAUCUGUCUCUGUCCACGUAUGAAGCCAGGGAGCUGUAGCAGUAUGUUGGUGACGGUCAGGAUGCGCAGAAGUACCAGGUGGGAUUUUUUCCCACACUGACAACUUGGCUUCCUUUCUGUAUGUUCAGUCUGUUUUGUCUGAACGGACACUCCUGUGAGCACUACACUGUUUAUACUCUGAUCUCCGUAGUUCAUCUUAAAUUUACUCAUGGCCCUGGCAAGAUAGCAUACACAAGAUCCCAUGAUUCCAGAGCAUUUUGAAGAAACACACAUAUUUUUAAACAGGGAAAACAUAGCAGGUGGUUCAUAAGCUGUGGGUUUUAGCUAAAUAUUUUGUUUCUUUGUAAUCAUGUUUUUAAAUUCUUUACCAUAUGAAAGAGAAAGAGUGUCAGAGAAGGCUUGGUCUGCUUUUUCUGUGUUCAGAUUCUUUUUAUACUUUGCUGAUCUUUAAACUGUCCAUGGGGGAAAUUUUAUAGCAACAAGUUAAUGAUUUUCACUCAUUGUUUACACAAUGUAAAAUGUGUCAAACUGGGGCCAGCAAGAUGGCUCGGUGGGUAAAAAAGCUUGAUGCCCCACAACCUGUGUCUGCUCUUCAGGAUACACAGGUAGAAGAAAAGAAUUGAUUCCCGCAGGCUGUCUUCUGCCCCCUACACACACACACACACACACACACACACACACACACACACACACGCACACGCACACGCACACAGCAUUUAAAAGUAUGUGCCAAAGUGUAUUUGUUCAGGGCCACCUCCCACCAGCUUACCACUGAGGUAGAACUGUCAGGCUCAUCACCCUGAGUUUGUAGUAAAAGUGUGUCCACGCACAGGCCCCAGAGUCGCCUCCAACGAAAUAAAUGUCAUCCUGAAGUAUGCUAUGAAGCUUGUUGCUUUCUUUCAUCGUAUGCCUGUCAGUAGGAAAAGUAUGUCAAGUUAAAUCGAAUAGAGCACUUUCCAGUGGUCAAUGUCAGUCCUGGGCCAGGCGACUUAGGACCAGGAACAUCAGCUCUCUGAGCCUCCCCCUCCCCCUUUGUCACAAGGGAGUAGAAGCAGAAGGUGGCUGAGAUCUCCUCCCUAUUCCCAGAUGCCUUGGUUGAAUGACCUGCCUCGCUGCUGGUCCUGCCAAUGUGUUGGUGCUAGAAGCUGCUUCAAAUACCGGUUUGUAGUGUGUGCUCACCUAAUCACUUCUGUUAUUGAGUGCCUGUUCUAGGUUUAUGGACUUACUAUUUCUGUGAUGUCUCAUUUUUAGCCAUGUUAACUCUUAACACAUAUUCUCUUAUGUCUCAGUAAAGUUUCAUUUGAUAAAUUGUUGUUGAGAUUUUGUUAUUUGAUAAUAUUCUUUGGCUAUUCAUCCAGCAUCUUAAUCACUUUAAAACUGUGAUCAUUAUUUGGAACUCUGUUCUUUGGAAAGAAUAAAAGCAUUUUUUCACUUGCUAACAUGCUCACAGAUGUGAGAGAAGAGUCAUUAAAAGCUUUACUUACUGGGUCA